UUUACAUGUAGCCUCCUUAGCAUUAGCUUCUGCCGGUCGGAAAGGUGCAUUAACCUCGCUAUAAUUAUGACCGUAUUUAUUUUAUUCGUCCUGUUAUUAGCUCAUAUUUAAGCACAAUUAUUGUCACUUCAUUGGCACUUAUUGAAUAUUAAGGGAGGUUAAAUAAAAUGAGUCUCCGCGGUUGGCCUUCUAAUGUGUCCAACGCACGUUGCAGCUGACAAAAUACGUGGUGAGUGAAUGAAGGUUGCGAGGACAAAAGAAAAGAUGUGUUUUAAGACAAGUGGGCAUCUAAAUGAGUACAUUUGAUAGCAGCACUAAUGUUCUGUGCACGUCACAGACUAUGAGGAAGUCACACAAGAAAACUAACAGAGCAGAAGGGGAUGCAGGUCUGGCCAAUAGGAGCCAGCCCUCCGGGUCACAUGACCAACCAGGAAGUGAGGGUAAUGCAUAUGGAGUUCCCCCCUCUGACCAGCAGAGGGCAGCAGAGCUCUGUGACGCCAACAGGACUGCUGAGCUCCACAGUGCGGGCUCACUCAAGGUCACCAUCCAGCGGAGCAGCGACAGUCGCGAGUUCCCACAAGAGGACGAGAAGGACGACAAACUUCACUGUCACGUGUGCGGCGUCACCUGUCCCUCCUGGCAGGUGUUCGAGGAGCACAUGGUCGGAUCGGAUCACAUGACCAAAGUGAAGGAGAUCACACGCUCCAUCACGCUCAUGAGCAGGAGGGGUCGCUGGUGUGACACGUGUCAGACGCACUACAGCGGCGACAUCAUCCUCCACCGCCGGUCCAAGCAGCACAAAGUGUGUAAGCGGGAGUCGCGGCCCUUCUGCGCGGCGUGCAGGCGUCACUUCAAGUCUCCCAGGAAGCUGGUGGAACACAUGAAAUGUGCCGAGCACAAGCGACAGGUGCAGGAGACCCAGGAGGAGGAGGAGGAGGAGCUUAUCACAGUGGACGCCAUUGGCUGCUUCGAGGAGGAAGUGAAGCAGGAAGUAGCCCGCCCGGACAAGAAGUCACUUCAAUCCGCCCAUUUCUUCCCGCUGAUCCGAGUCGCGGGUUUGGUGGAGAAGCCCAGACUUCCUGCUGAGGCUGAGGCGGACCCGGUCCAGCUGUGAGACCCGGUCCCUCCGCAAGUCCCAGGUCUACCGACAAGGGCCUUCCAGAUGUCAUCAGUGUUUGAACCUGACAGCAACCGUGGUGGACAAAAGAAUGAGGGACGGGCAACCAUUUCGGGGACAGCUCCGACCUUCAGCUCGCUCACUUCUCUCUCUCCAGCACUGUUACUACAAUUAUUUAUAUUGAACUAUUAUACAUAAUAUGUGUUUAUAUUUGUUUUUGUAGAAUAAAUUGUUCAACUUUGAUUUUAGCAAAAGGAUCUGGGUGGACUCUCCCACGGUCCCACUAAUGUAAUGUCUUGCAGUUCCUUCUUUUUCUUCCCCUAAUAAAAGGCAAUGUGCAAGUAAAAACUCUGCAUCCUGGAGUCACAGCAACGAUUACAAGGCCAUUGGCUUAAAAUAUGCACAAUACUAUAAUUAGCAUUUUGGGAUAUUUCCCCCCUGCUGCAA